AUGCCCGGCAUGCGACGAAAACGAAAAUUGCAUUCUGAAAAUUGUUAUUUUACAGAUCGAGGAAUCCGUAGGGAACUCAAUACGAUACAAGUAAAUUGUCCUACAGAUAAAUGUGAAUGGACAGGCAGCUAUGAGGAAUACGACAUGACUCACGAAGCAAUGUGCCCAUGGACAUUAAUAAACUGCAUGAAACAAGGUUGCCAAGAGCUCGUCAGAAGAAACGAUUUGGCAAAUCAUCUGGAGAAGCAUUGUGUUAUGAGACUUGACAGAUGUAUAUACUGUCAUACAGAAUAUGUAUUCCGUGAACUACAGGGUCAUCGCGAUGUAUGCUCGCAAUUUCCGGUGACUUGUUCAUAUUGUGAAAGAGAUGGCAUUCCAAGAGGAAAGAUUCACACAGACAAAGCAUGUGCCAGUGAUAUUCAGAAACUAUGUGUUAAUUGUCCGAGCAUUGGAUGCGAUUGGAAUGGAUUUCACGUUCAGUACGAAAUGGAUCACAUGGAAAACUGCUUAUUAGAAUCUCCUUUUCUAGAUAGAAGAUGCAGAGCUGAGAGUAUCCGUCCGACCAUACAUCAGAUAAAUAAUACGGACGUUUGUGAUGUUAUAAUCAAUAGACAGCAUGAAGUCACUACUGAGAUUCCUGGAUCGGAAAUCAUGGCUUGUAUAAAGUGUGAUAUAUCCAAACUACGCAUGGUUCUCGAUCAACCCAUUCAGAGCAACGUGGUGCGGAUACUGACAAAGAAACUAAAGAAUAUAAAAAUGGAAUUAAAUGACCUGGAAGUUCAAACUCUUCCUAUUUUGCAUACUUGA